CGAAAAAAGAAAACCUCGUCGGCCGUGAUCAUCGCAUUGCUCUUCUGCAGACGCCAUCCAGCGGGCAUCAUCCAGCGGGCUCAAUCCUGCGGGCAUCAUCCUGUGGCCUCCCUGUCUGCUCCCCUGCCUGCUCUUCGGAGGCAUCGCACGCAUCUGCCCUCCCUGCCCCUCUGCUGCCCUCCGUCAAGCCUGUGAUCCAAACCCCCAGCGUUAUUCUCGCCCUCGACUCCAUCGUGGCCGCAUUCCUUUACACCAUCCCCGUCUGGCUGAACCCUCUCGGCUCUCCAUGACCUCAUUGCCGUCGACUCUGGCCCUGGCCCUGGCCUCGCUGCGUUCCUCUUGGUCGACUGCCCUCUCGGCAUCGCCCUCGAUCGCCGCCCAUGUCCUCCCGCCGCGCCCGUUAGCAAAAUCCUCGUCGAGUUCGCCAGACCCAAAGCCAGGCCCAAAGCCAGACCCAAAGCCAGGCCCGAGUCCAAACCCAGACCCUGCCCUUGCCGCUGCUGCAUCGCCCGAGGACAACCCGGAUCGCCAGCUCGACCAGACCCUGGCAUCGCAGAUCCCUUCGUCUCCUCCGCCGUCGUCGGCGCCAUCGGCUCCGUCGCCUCCGUCCCGCACCCCGCCGCCAUCGGCAAAAUAUCCCUGGGCCCACGAAGGAUUCAUUUCUCACGCCCAUUACCGGGUGCCCAAGUACCCGAUUGUACUGUGCCACGCCUACAUCGAUCACAGCGCCUUCCCUCCCGCCGCGGGGCUCCGAAUCAGGGCUCGAAGCGUCGUUAGCAGCAAUCGCGCCAUGGAGCAGAAGGAUGCCUCGGUAAAUCACCGGCCCGCUCUGGUCGUUACCAGCCUGUCCGUGCAUCCGUCUGGCCCGAGCGGUCUCUUUGGCUUUGACAAGCUCGGCCCCGAGUCAAUUCCGUUCCUGCAGAUCCGAUAUUGGCGAGGCAUAGCCGAUGCCUUGCACGACUUGGGCUGCGAGGUCCACAUCACACGGGUCCCAACCGUCGGUGCCAUCCGAAACCGUGCCCACGAGCUGAAACGGUUCCUGGAGACUAACAUGAAUGGCAGGCGCGUCAAUCUGAUCGCCCACUCGAUGGGCGGGCUCGACUGUCGCUAUCUGAUCACCCAUCUGCCCUCGACCCAAUAUUCGGUCGAGUCCCUGACGACCAUCGCUACACCACACCGCGGCUCUGCAUUCAUGGACUGGUGUCGGGACUCGUUCGGCGUCGGUGCCCACGAUCCCAUCCCACCCGACUGCGCCGUCUCGGAGGCGCUCUUUGGAGUCAAGCUGCCCGGCGACGUCUCUUCCAGCUACACAUCUCCUGACGCCCUCUGCCAAGACACGCUGCAGCCCAACCACUCACUCGUAGAUGCCAAGUUAGUGGUCUCGGCAACCACACAUCCCGUCAUCAAGUACAUCAUGUCGCCGCUUGACGCCCCCGCCUUUGGGAACCUGACUCGGGACUACUGCCGCAUCUUCAAUCUCGCCACACCCGAUCGCGAUUCGGUGCGAUACUUUUCUUAUGCGGCCGUCACGAACGUCAGCAAGCUGGCCCCGCUUUAUUUCUCGCACCAGAUCCUCAACAAGAUGGAGGGCGUCAACGAUGGCCUCGUCAGCCUCGAUAGCGCAAAGUGGGGCGAGUUUAUGGGUGCGGUCGACUGCGACCACUGGGAGCUUAUCCCGCCCAAGAUCCGCGGUCUGUCAUCCAGUUUUGGUAUCAAGCGUGGCACGGCCUUCAAUUCGAUCGAGUUCUAUCUGCAAGUCGUCAGCAACCUGGCCGAGAACGAAUGCUGACACCGAGCUGAGCUCAAUCUCCAUCCGUCAACAUCCGAGACUGCUGCCGCGAGUUUGGCUGCUGUCUCGGGUCGCCAAUGCUGCCCAGAUCGCCUGCUCCUACUUGUGUCUUUUCGGGCCCGCUCUCUCCCGCCCCCCCCCCAUCCGCAAAUCGAAUAUUUUGGAACCCUCCCGCCUCGGUUCUCGCCCCCCCCCACCACUCCUUCCCCCACUUUGCUACUAUAAUUUAUACAUUUUGGAGUGCCUCUCUCUGCUGGAUUUGAUCGGAGCCGUGAGCAGUUAUCCCUUGUCCCUCCGUCCUGUGAUCUCCAGAUUCCGCCCUUGACCCUUCCGGCCCUCCCUUAUCCCCUCCGAUCCCCAGCGUCCAUGUCUACUUCUAUAUGGCUGCCCAAGGCUCCCUCGGCAUCCCCUCUCUACCCGGCGGCUCGCCCACUCCCACUUCCACUUCCACUUCCACUU